GCCAUUUGCAUAUGAUGAUUGAACCAAUUUGGCACUCUGACACAAGUCAUCAUUAACUCUAUGCCUAUUCACUCUUUCCUCAGUUUCUCUAUCCAUCUAUCUCUUUCAUCACUUUCCUCUAUCUAUCUAUAUAUAUAUAUAUAUAUAUCUCCCUCUCUCUAUUCUCUUUUACUACUGUUCUGCAAAAAAGCUAUUUUGGCCCUGUGCCACCAAAGCCAUCUCCCCCAUUUUUGCUCCUCUAUCUCUUUUUUCUAAUCAUCACAAUUGGGUGAGAAAAAAACACACACACAACUCAACAAUGGGUGAGAAAGAUGAUGGCUUGGGUUUGGGGUUGAGUUUGAAGUUAGGAUGGGGAGAAAAUAAUGAUAACAAUAAUAAUCAACAACAACAACACCCUUUCAACGUGCACAAGCCUCCUCAAUCGGUUCCAAACCAAAGGGUUUCCUUCAAUAGCUUGUUCCAUUUUCAUGACGAAAAUCAUGCAAUGAGGAACACAGAUCGGAGCUCCGAGAUGCGGUCGUUCUUCCGCGGAAUAGACGUGAAUUUGCCACCGCCCCCGCCUUCGGCGGCUCUGGCGGCGUUCGAUGACGAGAACGGGGUGUCCUCGCCGAACAGCACGAUAUCGAGCAUCAGCGGGAAGCGGAGCGAGAGAGAGGGAAACGGAGAGGAGAACGAGAGAACGUCGAGUUCUCGCGGCGGCGGCGGAAGCGACGACGAUGAAGGCGGCGCGUGUGGUGGAGACGCCGACGCCGAUGCGUCGAGGAAGAAGCUGAGGUUGUCUAAGGAACAGGCCUUGGUGCUGGAAGAAACAUUCAAGGAACACAACACUCUGAACCCGAAGCAAAAGCAAGCUUUGGCAAAGCAGUUGAAUUUGAUGCCUAGGCAGGUGGAGGUGUGGUUUCAAAACAGAAGAGCAAGGACCAAAUUGAAGCAGACUGAAGUGGAUUGUGAAUAUUUGAAGAGGUGCUGUGAGAAUCUAACUGAAGAGAAUAGGAGGCUUCAAAAGGAAGUGCAAGAGCUCAGGGCAUUGAAGUUAUCCCCACAGCUUUACAUGCAAAUGAACCCUCCCACCACUCUCACAAUGUGCCCUUCAUGUGAGCGUGUUGCUGUCUCAUCCGCAUCCUCUUCCUCAUCGGCCACCAUGCCCUCUGCCCUGCCUCCAGCUAAUCUCAACCCGGUGGGCCCUACCAUCCAGCGGCCAAUGCCCGUCAACCCUUGGGCAGCAAUGUUGAAUCAGCACCGUGGCCGGCCAUAAUCAAACCCUCCAGGCCGUAGGUAAUAGGGUAAAGUUCAGGAUGGAAGCUAGGACAUUUUAGUUGUGCUAGACAGAAAUGAAUCAAAGAAAUAGGAAUCUUAUGUGUUGGUUAACUUUACUAGGACUUUGAGAGCUCAUGGUUUGGGAAAUUCUAUUUGCAUCCUUUUUUUUUUCAUUGCACCUUCCAUUCUCUUUUACAUUGCAGAAAUUAGUUUUCGGAAUCUACAAUGCAAUUAUAGAAAUUAAUUUUUGAAAUGUAAAAGAAAAGGUAGAGAUUUUGAAGAGUUAAAAAAAAAGGAUGCAACUAGAAUCAUCCUCAUGCUUUUGGUUAACUCUUUUUGUCUAGGCUUAUUUUACUUUGAGCAUAGAUAGAACAUGUUUUUAGUCAACUUUAGGAUGUGUAAAGUUUGGACAUGUUAAAGUAGUUAGUGUUUUCAUCUGCUGAACAGUGUUUUGUUAUUUGUUAACCUUGGAAAGUUGGAAAAGGGAAUUGGAAUCUGUAUUUUAUUUUAUAUUUUAUUUGCUUCUUUUCAUUGGACUUGUGAUGCCA